AAACACUUCCGGUGGGUGUUAAGAAAGCUUCGAGGGUUUGUCUGUUUUCAUCAUGCUGCUUGUAUGACUGCGAGGGUUGCUCCGUUCGGGUGAUCGCUGUUUGCGUUUCGCGGUUCUCGCGCUCGCUGCUCCUCUCUCUGCUUAACGGCUGUGCCGUACACCCUCGUGCGACUUUACUGUGAAGUAACAGCAAUCCUCUGGCGCACUUAGAGGACAUGGCAGCCGCGACUGUGGCUGAGGCGGACCCAGCAGAGACCGAUGGAGCUGCCGCCGCCGCCGCCUUCACAGAUCUUCGCGACACAGGCUGUAAUGAGUCGCAGCUUCGACAGUAUACUUUUCCAACACGACAGAUACCGCGACUAUCCCAUACAGAUCCGCGUGCCGAGGUCCUCAUCAAUAACGAGGAGCCUGUUGUAUUAACAGACACCAAUUUAGUAUAUCCAGCUCUAAAAUGGGACAUACCCUACUUGCAAGAGAACAUUGGAAAUGGGGACUUCUCUGUUUACAUAGCAGAAAAUCACAAAUUCUUGUAUUAUGACGAGAAGAAAAUGGCAAACUUUCAGGACUUUGUACCCAAAUCUCGUCGAAUAGAGAUGAAAUUUUCUGAGUUUGUGGACAAGAUGCAUCAAACAGAGAAACAAGGUGGAAAAGAAAGAGUGUACUUGCAACAAACUCUGAAUGAUACAGUCGGCCGAAAAAUAGUGGUGGAUUUCCUUGGAUUCAAUUGGAACUGGAUUAACAAACAGCAAGCUAAACGAAACUGGGGACCGCUGACCUCAAAUUUGCUGCUCAUAGGCAUGGAAGGCAAUGUGACACCAGCACACUAUGAUGAGCAGCAGAAUUUCUUUGCACAAAUCAAAGGACAUAAGAGAUGCAUCCUCUUUCCUCCAGACCAGUUUGACUGCCUCUAUCCUUACCCAGUUCAUCACCCAUGUGACCGACAGAGUCAGGUCGAUUUUGAAAAUCCAGAUUAUGACAAGUUUCCUAAUUUCACAAAUGCUGUUGGAUAUGAGGCUGUUGUGGGACCAGGUGAUGUCUUAUACAUCCCAAUGUACUGGUGGCAUCACAUUGAGUCCCUGUUGAAUGGAGGAGUGACCCUCACAGUAAACUUCUGGUACAAGGGGGCACCCACUCCAAAGAGGAUAGAGUACCCUUUGAAAGCUCAUCAGAAGGUGGCCAUAAUGAGGAACAUAGAGAAGAUGUUGGGAGAGGCCUUGAGGGACCCGCAUGAGGUUGGUCCGUUGCUGAACAUGAUGAUCAAGGGCAGAUAUGAUCAUGGACUGAGUUAAAGGCCACUCUUUAGUGUGCUGCUAAGGUCUGUUUAUAUGUGUGUGUGGAUAUGAGUAUAUGCUUGUGUGUACAUUCAGGCUGUUGAAAGAGGCUGUUGCCAGUGCAUGGCAGUAUUUUGGAAGUAUAAAGACUCCUGCCUUUUGUCUGCUUUCAUUUACUGGACCCAUUAUAGCUAGUUCUGUGUUGGUGUUAAGAGGGAAAACCACUGGUGAGGAAUCUUGAGUGGAUCUCUCCUGAACAAGUCCUUAAAUUCGUAUGUGUGCAGCAUUACAUGCUAAAAAAUAGACGAAUGCAUUAGCAGAGACUGUAAAGCACUUUUGCACCACCCAGAGCGCCUGUUGUCAGGUUUUGUCCCAUGUUGGGACAAAGAAGGUGCCAUAUGUCACGAUUUAACUCCUGUGGUUCAGAGUCCGUGCAGUGAAACUGGCAGAGUGCCUCGAGCAUAUCCACAGAGGAGGAUGAUUUACAACUUGAACCCUACCAUCAGCUCAUUGACGGUUUUAAACUGUUGAUACAUUUUAUGAUGUUUUUUUUUUUUUUGUGAGUUUGCUUUUGAAUUUGAUCUCAUGGCUUAACCUUGUUUCUGUUAUGAUAGAGGUAAUGCAGAAUACAACGGUCAGCCACAAUAUGUUUUUACAACAAAGGAUUUCUUAUCCUUUGGUAGCUGACUCGCUGAAUUAAAAUGUUGAAUUUUUUUUUUUUUAGGUAAGUGUACUAUAAGGCAAUUGUUUUAGUUUCUGUGGUACCAUUUCUGUAUGGAUUGUAACUUAGAAUGAACUACACCUGCCAAGUGUUAGCUGUCACCAUGAAUUGAAAGGAAAUAAAAGAUUUGGAAUGAUUUGGUCUAGAUUUAAGUCUUUGAAAAUGCAGUUCAACUCUUUGGUUUUAUCCUGUUAAUUUCUUUUUUGUUGUUAAAAUUUGUGCUUUUAAGAUACAAUUUCCACUUUUGUUCAGAGAAGAAAGCAAACAACACAAAUGGCCACUUUAAUUCUUUAAUGAAUAUACAGUGUUUCAAAGUUUUCUUCAUUACAUACACAUAUUGGUAUUUCAUGGAUGUGUAUUAGCUGACUUUAUAUUUUGCCAAAUUGUCAAACAGUGUACCAUCAAUGAUAGUAGUCAUCUUAUAUAAAUUGCCUGUCAUUAAGAACACACAAUAUGAAAUUAAUUCUAACUCUUGUUAUAGGCAUUCUUACAAAGAUUACAUAGGAAUAUAACAUUUGGACAAGAUUAUUUGUUUAAGUGUUUGGCCUUUCACAGACAUGUCUUUUAAAAUAAUUAACAAGUGUUCUAAUAUUGUUUGACGUGCUUUAGAGUGUGAUCCAAGUAGUGUAAAAAUAGAAGAGAACCGAACCUGUUACUUCAGACUAUCUGCAUGAUCUUUAGAUUUCUGUAGUUCUCCGUACUGAUUUCUGAGUGGCUUAAAGUGGUUUUGUCUGUUCAAGUUUUUAAAUUAAAACAUGUUGUUUUUUUUUCUCA